AUGUCUCUGUGCGUGAAACGAUCCCCUUCGUCGAUCAAUCAUCUGCAACUUAUCCAUCUUCUCCAGUUCCACCCCUUUUCUACCUCACCACCACCACCACCGCCUUCUUUCAUUGUCUCAAGGUCGGAGACCAAUUCUCAUGAAAACCCAAGCACUUUCAGAUCUUUCCUCAGAUGGGUUUCGGGAAUUGUUCUGGGUUUGAGCGUUGGGUUGGUCGGUUACUUGUCUUCUUCAGAGAAGUCAUUUCUGGCUUUCGCUGACUGGUCAACGCCUGUUACUGCGGAAGUCUCAGUGGAUGAUCAUCAGACCUCAAACCCUAAAUUUCUCUUUGAAGGCACUUUUAGAAAAUUCAAGGAAAAUUACGCCCAUCAAAAUCCUUUUGCUCAUGAGACCAAAAGUUUGGACAAUUCCAUGGAGGACUUCUGUGCAAACAUCAAGGUUCCCAAAUACAUGAAGGCCCCAAUUUACAUCUACUACCAGCUCGAUAACUACUACCAGAACCACCGAUGUCACUGUCUCCCAAUUGUUCCUUGUGGUUUAAUUGCAUGGAGUUUGUUCAAUGAUACGUAUAGCUUUUCUCGUGGGACAGAGGAGUUGAAGGUCAACAGGAAGAACAUUGCCUGGAAGAGUGACCGAUAUCACAAAUUUGGGAAGCAAGUUUAUCCCUUCAAUUUUCAGAAUGGGACCUUGAUUGGUGGUGGAAAUCUGGACCCAAAUAUUCCUGUAAGCUUUUACAGAGAACAAAUUAAUUAG